GCCGGUCCGCAGGGCAGACGGAAGUAGUGCCGGCAAGGUGGCCCCGCAGUGCCGGCGCAGAGUGGUGCAGCCGAGCGGGGUCGUGGCUCCUGCGCCUUGGGUUCCCAGCCAAGAUGCCGCGCUUCGCCUUGACCAUCAUCCGCCAUGGCGAAACAAGAUUUAAUAAGGAGAAAAUCAUUCAAGGCCAAGGAGUAGACGAGCCCCUUUCCGAGACUGGGUUUAGGCAAGCAGCCACCACUGGUCGGUUUCUGAACAACGUGCAGUUUACACACGCUUUCUCCAGCGAUCUCACGAGGACUAAGCAGACCAUACAUGGCAUUUUGGAGCAAAGCAGAUUUUGCAAAGACAUGACUGUGAAGUAUGACUCCAGACUUCGAGAAAGGAAGUAUGGGGUCGUAGAAGGCAAGCCGCUAAGCGAGAUGCGGGCCAUGGCCAAAGCCGCUGGCGAAGAGUGUCCCAUGUUUACUCCACCCGGAGGAGAGACAUUAGAGCAGGUGAAAAUGCGUGCAAAGGAUUUCUUUGAUUUUAUUUGUCAGCUGAUCCUGGGCGAGACAGGCCAGAGAGAGGGCUGCUUCCCCGGAGCUCCAGGCAGCCGUCUGGAGAGCUGUUUGGCGGAGGUCUUCCCUGUAGGAAAACGUGGCAGUUUGGAGUUGUGCCCUGAUGGUGGCACCUCUGGUUUAGUAGCCAGCCUCUUAGUUGUGAGCCAUGGAGCUUACAUGAGAAGCCUCUUUGGCUACCUUCUGAGUGACCUCAAAUGCUCAUUGCCAGCAGCACUCGGCAAAUUAGAACUCUCGUCAGUCACUCCCAAUACUGGGAUUAGCGUCUUUUUCGUAGACUGUGAGGAAGGAUGCGAACCAGCAAUUCAGUGUAUUUGCAUGAACUUCCAUGAGCAUCUAAAUGGAGUGACCGAGAAGCGUUAACCUACACUCUGAGGCCUCUGCAGGGAGUGCCUUGGACUAUUGCAUUUGUGUCCUCUGCCCCUGCUGUUUUAGAAGCAGUUAAGAAUCCAUGUGAUAAAGCCCCACUGGGGCCCUGGCUGUAUCAGAUGGUACCACUACCCACAUCCACCCAAAAUCAACCUGGUUUUUUUUUCUGAGUGCACUUGCCAUUUUCUACAGUAUUUUGCCACUCUGUUCCAUUAUGUUUCUUAAUUAUUAACGUAUGGGGACAUUCAGCAUUGCACAUUAGGGGAUUAGUAGCCUUCUUCCCACAGUCUGUAUUUCAUUGAUCUUUUUGAUGUCUAGAUGAUGGCGUUGGCUUUUGAAGAUAACUGUGUGCUUUUUCAGUAGCGUAUCAAGUGCUGGCAGGAAAGAACGGUUUGUAUAAUUCACUGUAUUUGCAGUGACAGUGUUGGAGUCCAGAGUCCUCUAAACUGAAACUUCUGUCUUCAGUGUGUGUAACAUGACAUGACAAAACACUAAAGCAUCUUUCAUAGAAAUCAGAUCUUGGGUCUUUUUGUUUUUUGUUUUUUAUUUUUCAUUUUUAAAGGCCCAAAAUAAAGAUGAAGGACUGGAGGGACAGACCAAUGGUUAAGAGUACUUCCUGUUCUCCCAGAGGACCCCAGUUCAGAUCUCAUUACUCAUAUUGGGCAGCUCACAAUUGCCUAUAACUCCAGCACCAGGAGGUCAAUGCCCCAUCCUGGCCUCUGUGAGCACCAGCACACACACACACACACACACACACACACACACACACACACACACACACACACACACACACACACAAAUAAAGACAAUAAAAAACACACGUUAGGGAGCCUCUGGGCAGAAGACAAAAGCAACUUUCCAGGCAGACCAGGAAAAAAAAAGAUUAUCCCUUGCUUUACAUCCACUCUGCAUGUGCAGACUUUCCAGUUAAGGAAUGAUCUAAAGAAAAUAAACCCAGACUAGUAUUGAGAAGAGGUGCUGAAAAACGGUGUCCGGAAGGAACAGAUGAAGUAGCCUCCUUUCCCCCAGAUGGCGCUAGAGGAAAGGGAUUUUGCUUGCCCUUCAGGAGUCCUUAUCGGAGGAAAUGAUUAGCUGCUGAAAAUUCGAGGCUCAAGUCAUAAUAUCAGGGAGAGGAAUUAGGUGGGGAAAUGUAAUUGUAAUUCUGGACUCUGCUCUAGAGGAAUCUGACCAGAAACAGCUAGUGGGAUUGAGUGCUUAGUGAACAGUAGGUAUCAAACAUGAGAUGCUUAGGAAAAACAAAGUUCCCCUGCAAAGGAACACACGAGUCAAGGCUGGCCACAACCUGAUUGUAAAGCACUCGAUCCUUCCCCUGUCUGGACACUUUGUAGAGCUGGUGCCAACACUAUAGAUACUGGUGACCAAAAACUAAGGGUUUAUUUGGGACUCCAAAUGCGUGUGUACCCUGAACAAAAGCAUUCCUGACAUCAUGAGUCCAGAAUGUGGCCCUGUUCCAAGAAACUCAAGGAGUGAUUCAGGAGGGUGCAGAAAAGUUGUCCUAUUGGUGACAAAGAACUUCAGCUUAAAAGUCACCUUAGCAUUUGGGGCAAGAAUUGCCUCAGGAGACUUCAGUCGAGCCCAAGGCUGUGGGGUUUGGUCCUAUACCCACUCCUGGAGAGGUGUUUGUUUGUUUGUUUGUUUUUGUCUUGGCCUCGAGCGUCCAGUGUCAGGUAUGUGGUUCAGGGAGCAGUUCUGACGGCAAGGGUGGUGGGCUGGGUUCAUCCGCAGUGUUACCCGAGACCGACCUGAGUCCCUGAUGCUGCCCCAACAGUUACAGAAAUAACUUCCUCUUACCAGGCUGUAUUUCCCCACCCCUAAGUCUAGAAGAUAACGUGUUACAUCUUGAACAUGCUGAAAGGAAUAAUAAAAAAAAAACUAUAAAAAUUGACAGAAAAAAUGCACAAUGGAUAAGCUACCCCAAAGCAGUAUCAAAAUGUUAUUUUGACCUGAAAUCAGAUGAGAAGACACCGAGAACCUCAGUAUUAGCCAAAAAAACAGGACAAUUUUCAAAGCUCAUCCUUACCACCUUCCCACCCGCCCAGAGACGAAUUGCACAUCUUGAUACUUGCUGAGCUGUGUCCUAGCCAUCUCCAGUGCCUUGAGACCUAGCCCUAUUCAGCUAUAUAGUUUUGUUACAAGGAUUCUUUUUUAGCAAUUUCAGGUUUAUGGAAAAAUCAGGCAGAAAAUAGGAAGUUGACCUACACAUCCUCCGUCCAGUUUAUUACCAAAGUCUUACACACCUAGUGUGUGUAAAGGGGUCUGUGUCUGAAUGAAGUGUUCUGCAUGUCAGUGUUGAGCUACCAGGUCCAUGGCUGCGUGGCUCUCACGUCCCAGGAGGAGUGCUGAGUGUCCAGUGAAGGCUGCCUUCCCACUCCUUUGUCAUCUGCCUUGCAAACAAGUUCAGUGUUCACACGAUCCUGGGUGUGCCCAGCACUACCAGAGUUUUCUGCCCGAGUUGGGCCUGGCGUGAAUUUGAGAACUAGAGGAAAAUGUGAUAAAAACCCCGAGGGAUUCGGAAGUGUCGUGUGGGCCUAGGUUCCAUCCUCAGCCCUGGGAAAAGAAGACCACACAGGUGGGUGGGACCCUGCCCUUUAAGAACGAGAAGCCCAAUGGUCAGUGGGUAGAAACCCCCCUUGCCUGCCCCAGGGCUGCGCAGGCACAGGUUACCACAUUAAGUUCUCGGGUUCUUUACUUUACCCGGUGUGUAUGAGGUAGCAGUUUUGUUCUGACACCUUUCAACUAUACAUAAAUACCCAACUGUCUGUGUUCUCCAUUGGACCCAUAUUGUUUGGGACACUAUUUAUUUGGGAAUGUACAGAUCUAUUUAAUUGUAACCACUAUUCUAUUGAAUAAAUAAAGUACCUUUUGUUUA